AUGCCAUGAGCUCCGUGUUGUUUGGUUAGCACAUUGUUUGCAGUUUAAUUCCAGCAUUUAAGUAACAACGGAUUUAAAAAUGACCACGCUAUUUCUUUAAGUUGAAAACAGACACAAGAACACCUUUCAGUCAUGCCAGAUGGACUUGUUACGAACAGGCCUCUGCAAAAUGAGGCUACAGGCAUUGAUUUGCAGGUUCCACAGUACCAGGAGGUACGGGGGCCCAUGAUGACAGGGCAUGUGGAGUACCAGAUCGUGGUGGUUACUCAUCUGGCAUUCUUUAAGUCUGCUAAACACAAACCUGGAGAUGUUGUACAGUUAGUGGUGUCAAAAAAGUACAGUGAAAUUGACGAGUUUUAUUCCAACCUGAUUGCUCAGUACCCCAACGUCCAUCUGCCCGCCAUGCCCCGCAAAGCCCUGUUUGUGGGUGAAACAGACAUCCGGGAACGAAGAGCAGCAUUUGAUGAGCUUGUUCGAUAUAUUUCCAAACACCCCACUCUGUCCAACUGUCCAGAACUGAUGGAGUUUUUAGGAGCGAAAGCAACCGUCCACGAUGUGAAAUCCUCUAAUACUCCUAACAUGUUAGAGGACAGUGAUGAUGAAUUGGACUUCUUUGGAAAAGAUGAAGCACCGACCAAUAAGCCAGAGCAAGUGAAAGAUCCAGGGAAAGUUGUUAAGGCAUUUAAGGAUGAAGAUGACGAGGAAGAGGAGGAGAUGUUUGACCCUUUAGGCAGUGUGAGGUCUAAGAAAACUAAGACUGCCAAGCCAGUGCCAAAGCCUGCUGCUAAACCCAAACUGUCUUUGUUUGAUGAGGAGGAUGAUCCAGAUCAGGAGCUUUUUCAGCCCGCAGUGAAGGAUGGCAAUUUAAAACUGUUUGAGGAUCCAGAUUUAGGUGGAAAGGUCACUGUUGGAGAUUCUUUGCUGCUUCAUAAUGCCUACCAGAAGACUGAAGCUUCUGCACAUACUAAACUAGAUGAAGACGUGGACGAGCUCUUCAGAGUUGAAGAGGAUUUGGACAAACUUUUAGCCGUCAGUAAACCAGUCAAACCAAAGCCAGCUGUUGCCCCGAAACCAGCGGUGAGAGCCAAGCCAGUCGUCCCACAUAAGCCUUCCUCUGUGGCGCAGGCUGGCCGCGCUCCUCCUCGGCCUGGCGACACCCAGGCGAUGGAUCAACUCGACAUCCUCAAGUACAUUGAACAGAACGAGGCUACGGCCAGUGAGGACCUGGACCUUUUUUAACUAUGCUGUCAACCAGGGCCAGAUGGACAAGCAUGGUGGAACAAAAGCGUUCACUUAGUGCUCAGAUAAUCUAAACUUACUUUUAAUCCUAAACUCAACCCAACUAGGUGUAGAAUGACUGUAGUCCCUUUAAACCAUUACUGCUGAUCUGAUUCGUCAAGCAUCAAAGCUCUUUAGCUUCACCUACUAAAUAGACCUAUACCUGAACAUAGAAUAGAAGAAUUCCUUUAUUUGUCAUAUAUACAUAUACAGACGUACAGUACAAUUAAAUUCUUUCUUCAUAUAUACCAGCUUGUUUGGAAUUUGGGAUCAGAGCGCUGGGUGAGCCAUUGCAUGGCGCCCCUGAAGCAGACAGGGUUAAGGGCCUUGCUCAAGGGCCCAACAGUGGCUGCAUGGCAGAGCUGGGACUCAAACUCUCAACCUUUCAGUUGAUAGCCCAAAGCCCUACCCCCCACUAGGCUACCACUGUCCCAUUUAGGUCUAUUUAGUAAAAUAUGGCACUAAUGAUUAUCUUAGUAAUGCAGUAUUUAAUUUAAACUUUAAUAAGACAAAUACAAUCACAUUACUGUUUAACUGUUUAUUUUUUAUACAUGGUAGGAAAUCAAAGCACUAAAAUGACAAAAAUAGUUCUUUUAUAUUACUUUGUACUCCUAAAGUUGUUUUUAUCAUCAUGGUAAUGAACUUACUUGCUUUUAAUCUCAAUGGUGCUGCUGGCCAGCCGGGAAUCUACACAGACAUUAUUGGCUGUCUGCCUGCCUCAUGCCUAGUGAUUCCUGGUGGAACCGGACCUGCCGUGGCCCUGUCCAGGAUUAGGCAUAACAUUAUGACCACCUUUCUAAUAUUGUGUUGGUCCUUCUUUUGCUGCCCUGACCCAUCGAGGCAUGGAGUGUGACAUCUUUGUAUCAGAACCAGCAUUAACUUGCAAUUUGAGCUACAGUUGCUCGUCUGUGAGAUCGGACCACAUGACCUUGUCGCCAGUUUACCACUGUUCCUUCCUUGGACCACUUUUGAUAGAUACUGACCACUGCAGACCGGGAACACCCCACAAGAGCUGCAGUUUUGGAGAUGCUCUGACAGUUGUCUCAUUUAAAUCCUUACGCUUGUCCAUUUUUCCUGCUUCUAACAUCAACUUUGAGGAUAAAAUGUUCACUUGCUGCCUAAUAUAUCCCACCCACUAACAGGUGCCGUGAUGAAGAGAUAAUCAGUGUUAUUCACUUCACCUGUCGGUGGUCAUAAUGUUAUGCCUUUUCGGGGUAUGUAAUGUAAAUGAAAUGAAUGGAGAAAAUGAUGAAUAACACAAAUGUAAUGCUGAUUUUUUUUAAACAGUUGAUGAAGAAUAAGAAUUUUUAACUGUCUGGCAGUAAAUUGUCUAAUAUGUACA